AUGCAAGUCGAUGUCAAUGAAAACUUUUUCUACGACAAUCGAAAACCAAUCACAUCAAGGAGCUCUUGCAAUGAAGACAAGCUCAUGAAGAUGAUGAAUGAACUUAUAUCAAGUCAAGAGGAGGCUGAUAAAGGCUACACCAUCGACACCAUCGAGAGCCGCCUAGAGUGGAAAGUAGAAGCCCUACUUAACAAAUCCGGUGAAUGCAAUAAUUGGUGUGAUGAUAAACUAUAUCAACCUGCUGAUGCUGAAGAAGAACAUGGAGCCUCACUUGACUACCCAAUCGAUCCUAACAAGUCCAAGGAGUGUACUAGAGAAGAGUAUUAUCAAGCCGAUGAAGGAGAUGCUUAUUUUGAAACAAAAUCCAUGGAGAACCAAUAUGAAGAUUUGCCAAGAGAGAAUGAUGAGUCCUAUGAUCUAACAUCUACUAAAGAAGAUGGAGAAGAAGAUCUCAAAGACUUCUACUGUUGCAUGACAUAUCAGUUCCCUAAUGAAGAAGUUCCCGAAAACUACAAUUUUCGACAACACCAACAACAAGAAGAAGCUAUCUACCAAGGUAACCCUAGAACCCGACCAUCUCCAGCACCAUAUGAUGUUUAUGAAGAUUGGGGACCUGUCCCAAGUCACCGUCCAUCACGUUUUCAAAGGCCUUAUCCAAGGAGGCCUGAUACCAAUUUAAACUGCCCCUAUCCACGCCGAGAGCCUUAUUUAAUUCGAUUCUCUCACCAAGUCUAUCAAGACAAUUUUCAUAUGUCUACUCAACAAAGAGCUGAAGAAGAGAAGAUGCUAAACCUAAUAAGUCAAUUAGCUGAUCUGCAAGAUGAGACUAUGAAGAUGCUGCAUGAGAAGCUUGACAAAAUCGAUUUUGAUCUUUCAAGAAAGAUGGAUGACAUUGUUGUUAGAGUUAGAAGCAUAGAUGAUCAAAGAUCUAAAGAUGCUGAAGCCUUGGAGAGAAGACUCCAUUGUCUUGAAGAACAACAAGAGAGACAUCUCAAGAGUGCUCAAGACAAUGCUAUAAACAUUAGAGACUUGGCAAAUGAAGUCACCAGCUUAACAAAGGACCAUGAGUCCACGUUUGGAGUUUUAUUCAACAAGGAUUUUGACACAAGUAGGCGUGUGCAGAAGCUUGAGAACCGAGCCUAUGAAGCUGAGAGCAAGAUUUUUGGUCUUGAGUUUGAACAAAACCGUUUUGGAGAAGCUAUGUCCGAAAAGUUUACAUUCACCAAGGAGAACCAUAAGCUGCUUAAGGAGAUUGAAUCGGAAAUAAAGGAGAAGAACCAAGAUCUUGCUGAUAAGAUUGAGGAUCUAACCUCACGUGUUGCUGGACACAAGGAAGAAGAAGAUUUGGUAGGGAACAAGCAACAAGGUUCCAUGGAGGUCAAAACCUUGAACCCCAACCCACACGAGACCAAUCAACAAAGAGAAGCAAGCUUAGGAGCCAAAGAACUUGAAGUAGAAGCCGUGGGAGACAAGUUACAAAGUUUCAGCCCCAACUCACGUAAGCACUCUCGAGGAGAAGGAGAAGCAAACCUUACCAAGGAUUGUUUUUCUAUUACCACACUCUAUGCUCCACCACCACGAGACCUAGAAGGUCUAGGUAAGGGAGAACCGGAGCUGCCAACCGUAAAUGGUAUUGCCGAAACAACUCGGAGGUGUAGAGAAGAAGAUUAUGCUAAGGAGCCACCUGAUGCCUACAUUGGAGAAAGACCCAAGAGAGCUUGUCUAAGGACAACCCACUUUCCUCACCCUGCUUGA